GAUGGAGACGGAGAGGAUGAUUUAUCUCGUGACUGAGUACGCCAGCGGAGGGGAGAUAUUUGAUCACUUGGUAGCCCACGGACGCAUGGCGGAGAAGGAAGCUCGGAGAAAGUUCAAGCAAAUAGUGGCUGCUGUCAACUUUUGUCACUGUCGGAACAUAGUUCAUAGAGAUCUGAAGGCAGAAAACCUCCUUUUGGAUGCUAACCUGAACAUCAAGAUAGCAGAUUUUGGAUUCAGUAACAUCUUCACGCCUGGCCAGCUGCUGAAGACGUGGUGUGGGAGUCCUCCCUACGCUGCCCCAGAGCUCUUCGAGGGAAAGGAGUAUGACGGCCCAAAGGUUGACAUUUGGAGCCUCGGCGUGGUGCUCUACGUGCUGGUGUGCGGCGCCCUGCCCUUCGACGGGAGCACGCUGCAGAACCUGCGCGCGCGCGUGCUCAGCGGCAAGUUCCGCAUUCCCUUCUUCAUGUCCACAGAGUGUGAGCACCUGAUCCGACACAUGCUGGUGCUGGACCCUAGCAAGCGGCUCUCCAUGGAGCAGAUCUGCAAACACAAGUGGAUGAAGCUGGGCGAGUCUGACGCGGAGUUUGACAGGCUCAUCGCGGAGUGUCAGCACCUGAAGACCGAGAGGCAGCUGGAGCCGCUGAACCAGGACGUGCUGUUGGCCAUGGCGGAGAUGGGGCUGGACAAGGAGCGCACAGUGCAGUCCUUGCGAGCAGAUGCUUACGAUCACUACAGCGCAAUUUACAGCUUGCUCUGCGACCGUCUCAAGAGACACAAGAACCUGCGCAUUGCCACGUCUCCAAGCAUGCCCCGGACCAUGACCUUCCCCACCUCAGCCAACAUCCAGCAGACGGAGCAGGCAGGCAAUACCUUGAACAUCAACGUGCCGCAGGUCCAGCUCAUCAACCCUGAGAAUCAGAUAGUGGAGACGGAUGGAACGAUGAACCUGGACAGCGACGAAGGGGAAGAGCCGUCGCCUGAAGCUCUUGUGCGUUACCUCUCCAUGCGAAGGCACACGGUUGGAGUGGCUGACCCUCGGACGGAAGUGAUGGAGGAUCUGCAGAAACUGCUGCCGGGCUUCCCGCGCGUCGCUCCUCAGGCUCCCUUCCUGCAGGUGACCCCCAACGUGAACUUCAUGCACAACGUGCUGCCCCGGCAGAACCUGCAGCCCACGGGGCAGCUGGAGUACAAGGAGCAGUCGCUGCUGCAGCCCCCCCCCCUGCAGCUGCUGAACGUAAGUAGCGGAAGCGGAGAAGAGAGGUGCAGGGGAGGAAGGCAGGGUCCGCAGCGCGGGCGGGAUGCGCUCGGCUGCCCUCGGGAGCCCACGGCCUCUCUUCCGCAGGCUGUGCCAGCCGUCACUCCUGUGGAUGAGGAGAGCUCCGACGGGGAGCCGGACCAGGAAGCCGUGCAGAGAUACUUGGCAAAUAGGUCAAAAAGACACACUCUGGCACUGACCAACCCUACAGCUGAAAUCCCUCCAGACUUGCAGAGGCAGCUAGGACAGCAGUCCUUCCGACCCCGGGCCUGGGCUCCGCACCUGGCACCCGAUCAGCACCGUUCUGUUUACAAGGACUCCAACACCCUGCACCUCCCCACGGAACGCUUCUCCCCGGUCCGCCGCUUUUCUGACGGUGCUGCCAGCAUCCAGGCUUUCAAAGCCCACCUGGAGAAGAUGGGCAAUAACAGCAGCAUCAAACAGCUUCAGCAGGAGUGCGAGCAGCUGCAGAAGAUGUACGGCGGCCACAUGGACGAGCGCACGCUGGAGAAGACGCAGCAGCAGCACAUGCUGUACCAGCAAGAGCAGCACCAUCAGAUUCUUCAUCAGCAGAUCCAGGACUGUAUCCGGCCGCCUCAGCCAUCCCCACCUUUGCAAGCUCCGUGUGAAAACCAGCCAGCUCUGCUCACUCACCAGCUUCAGAGGUUGCGGAUCCAGCCGUCCAGCCCGACCCCCAGCCACCCCAGCAACCACCUGUUCCGGAAGCCCAAAGUACCGCACAUCCUCCAGGGACUGCUCUCGCCCCGGCACUCGCUCACAGGGCACACGGACAUGCGGCUGCCCCAUGCGGAAUUUGCACAGCUCAUCAAGCGGCGCCAGCAGCUGCAGCAGCAGCAGCAAGAGUUUCAAGAGCUGUUCAGGCAGAUGAAUCAAGGGGACGCUGGGAGCAUGGGCGCCGGCUUGGGACAGAACCUCUCGGAGCGCCAGUCGUUACCUUUGCCUUACCCGAGCGCCGACACGUACCAUCCCCAAAGCAGCCCCCAGCACCUCCUCAAAAUCCGGGCGCACGAAUGUCUGCAGCAGGUGCCGGCGCCGCCGCACGGCUACGCGCACCAGCCCGCCCUGUUCCACUCGGAGAGCAUGGAGGAGGACUGUGCGGGCGAGGGCGCCAGGGACAGCUUUGCAGACAGUAAGAACUCCCACUCUUUGACCAAAGGUUGCCACGAAGCCCCUCUGCUCAGCCGCUCCGCGGCUGCGCUGGGCCGCGGGGACGGGGUCCGCAAGGGCCUGGCCCUGCGUGCGGCGCUGACGCUGCUCUUGCGCCGUGCAGAGUGCGGGGACGCCUUGGAAGGGCAGGAGCACCCCGGCCUGGGCGACGGCAGCCAGCACCUCAACGCCUCGUGCUACCCGUUGACGUGCAUUACGGACGUCCUGCUGAGCUACAAGCACCCGGAGGUGCCCUUCGGCAUGGAGCAGGCCGGGGUGUAGCGAGGAGG